AAUCGAAAAUGAAUUCUUACCUAGAUUACACAGUUUACAGCCGUGGACCUAACCAUUUAAAUUCAAAAGUUGGAUGUUUCGGCCUGGAUCAAGAGUACAUGCAAAGUGCUUGUGGGAGCACUAAUAGUUGCAUUGCUGAGGGGAGGCCAGUUGGAGGGAACUCGUUUACACCGGCGCUACACGAAACUCAAGGCAUGAGCUAUGCGCACCAGGCAUCCCAACCAUGCCACAUUAAUUUGGAUCUUGUUACAACAGGCCAUCAAGUAAACUACAGCAAGCAGAGCCGAUCUCACCUGGACUACAGCCAUCAGGCCAUUCUCAAUCAGGGAGAACAGCACAUGUAUUUGCCGUCCCCUGGCUUUUCUGUGCUAAACAUCGGAAACAACAGUGGGGCAGCGGCCGAGUCUAGUUGCAGGCCAGGAGAAAUCUCUCUCAGUCAAUAUCCAUCAUAUCCCUACGGAGAGAAAGAGCAGCAGCACCAGUACGGAACCUACAGCAAAUAUUCUGGCCUGAUCCAUAAUGACAGUGACUCAAAGAGCAGUCCCAACCAAGCACAGACUUUCGAUUGGAUGAAAGUUAAGAGGAACCCGCCUAAGACAGUUAAGGUUACUGAAUACGGAAGCCAUGGGCAGCAAAGUAUUAUUCGCACAAACUUCACUACAAAGCAGCUCACCGAGCUGGAAAAGGAGUUCCACUUUAACAAAUACCUCACCAGGGCGCGGAGAGUCGAGGUGGCCGCUACACUCGAACUGAAUGAGACACAGGUAAAAAUCUGGUUUCAGAACCGCCGGAUGAAGCAGAAGAAACGCGAGAGAGAAGGAGCUGUACCGGUCAUGAAGCGAGCAACAGACUGCGCUGCUGGACAAAACACAAACAGCUCCAGCACCUCAUCUCCAGCUGCAUCUCCCAUCUCAGACUCCUCGAGUAGCAACUGAGGACAUUUAAUAGCGCACAUACUGCAUAUUACAGUUCUAAAUAAUAAGCCAUAUUUUACACCACAGUGUCUUCCUCUUCAGUGCGGCUUGUGGUGUGAAAUUAGAAAUGUUUUUAUACCUGCAUUGUAAAAGAGCCUGCAUGUUUCAGCCUUCUGUUGCUGAGGACUUCUACCUAACUUAUUUUUCUGUUACAGACCAAAUGUAAAAAAAAAAAAAAAAAAUCCGGGUUUUGUCACUUUUUGUCUCUGCAGUGACAUUCUUGCUCUGUGAUGAUGCAUGUCUCUGCUUUGCAAAUGGCCAAAAAGUUUAUUGGAUGUACUACAUUUAACUCUGAUGUGUAACAGUCGCAAUUGGGUGUAAUACAUUUAACUCUGAUGUGUAACUGUCGCAACUCAUUGCAACACAAUGUGGCUAUUUUGAAUGAGCAGUUUUAUAAUUUGCACUAGAAAUGUACUUUUGGACAAAAACGUCGUGUGUUCAUAUAUGUAUAGGAUCACAGUAUUCGUCUGACCUGACGAAGUAGUAAUAACUGAAUAAAAGUGUUUUAUUUUUCUGAAAAAA